GCGGAGCUCCGGCCGCUGCUCCCGCGCGGGCCGAAGCCGCGUACCCGUCCGCUGGAGGCGUGAGGCCUGCGGCCCGGCGUCCGCAUGGAGCUGAGCGGCGCGGAGGCGGCUUCCACACGGUUCCUCGGCCUCACUCAGCGCUCUGUCUCUGAAGAUCUGGGUUGCAGACGUGGAGAGUUUAGCAGAAAGCAUUACGGAUCUGUGGAGCUUCUUAUAUCUAGCGAUGCUGAUGGAGCCAUUCAAAGAGCUGGACGGUUCCGUGUGGAAAAUGGCUCCUCUGGUGAGAAUACAGACUACACUCCUGGCACAUGGCACAGAACGGAUGUGCAUUUGGAAAACCCAGAAUAUCAUACAAGAUGGUAUUUCAAAUAUUUUUUAGGGAAAGUUCAUCAAAAUUACGUAGGUACAGAUGCAGAGAAGAACCCUUUCUUUCUGUCUGUUGUACUGUCUGACCAAAAUAAUCAGCGUGUUCCUCAAUACCAUGCAAUACUUUGGAGAAAAACUGGUACUCAGAAAAUAUGUCUCCCUUAUAGUCCCACAAAAACAUUAUCAGUGAAAUCUAUAUUAAGUGCUAUGAGUCUUGACAAAUUUGAGAGGAGCCCAAGGGAAAUCUUUCAUCCUGAAAUACAAAAGGACUUACUGGUUCUUGAAGAGCAAGAGGGAUCUGUAAAUUUUAAAUUUGGAAUCCUUUAUGCUAAGGAUGGGCAGCUUACAGAUGAUGAAAUGUUCAGCAACGAAAUGGGAAGUGAAAGCUUUCAAAGAUUUUUGCAUCUCUUGGGUGACACAGUUACUUUGAAAGGCUGGACAGGCUACAGAGGAGGACUGGACACUAAAAAUGAUACAACAGGAAUCUUUUCCAUCUAUACAGUUUUUCAAGGGCAUGAAAUCAUGUUCCAUGUUUCAACCAUGCUACCAUAUUCUAGAGAGAAUAAACAGCAGGUAGAAAGGAAGCGACACAUUGGGAAUGACAUUGUCACUAUCGUGUUUCAGGAAGGCGAAGAGUCUUCUCCAGCAUUCAAGCCAUCCAUGAUUCGCUCUCAUUUUACACAUAUUUUUGCCUUAGUGAGAUACAAUAAGCAGAAUGAUAGUUACAGGCUGAAAAUAUUUUCAGAAGAAAGCGUUCCUCUUUUUGGGCCUCCCCUUCCAUCCCCACCUGUGUUUACAAAUCACCAGGAAUUCAGGGAUUUUUUGUUAGUGAAAUUAAUAAACGGGGAAAAAGCCACCUUGGAAACCCCAACAUUUUCUCAGAAACGUCAGCGCACCCUGGACAUGCUGAUCCGCUCUUUAUACCAAGACCUGAUGCCUGAUCUACACAAAGUAAAUAACAUGCUCAACAGAAGAUCCUUCAGUGAUGUGUUACCAGAGUCACCAAAAUCAACACGGAAGAAAGAAGAAGCCCGGCAAGCAGAGUUUGUCCGACUUGGUCAGGCAUUGAAAUUGAAAACCGCUGUGAAAGGGGAUGCCACAGCUAACUUGGCAACCACAAGCUUUUGUAAAAAGGAGCCUUGGGAAUCUCAAUCUUUCUGCAGUAAUUUUCCUCAUGAGGUUGUCUGUGCAGAUUCUUGGGGCCAGUCCUUGCUGGUUUCUACAGAUGCUGGCAUCUUGUUAAUAGAUGAUGGUCAGCCAUCAGUGCAAGUGUUUGAUAAAACUCUCCAAGUAAAGCAGAUGCAUGUGCUGGAAACUCUGGAUCUUUUGGUUGCUCGAACAGACAAAGGCAAAGACUCUCGUCUCCUUGUCUUCAGACUCAGUGCUGUCCAAAAGGAUAUAGAAACAAAGCAAAUCAUAAGAAGCAAAUAUGACUGCAGAGAAAAUAAACUGGAGAGAACAAAAGGCUGCCAUUUGUAUGCCAUUAAUACUCACCAUGGCAGUGAACUGAGGAUUGUCGUGGCUAUUCGGAACAAACUACUUCUCGUCACAAAGAAAUACAAUCCAUGCAACAGUUUAACUAGCAGCUCUCUGCUGUUCUCAUCUGAAUCUCCAGUAGAGGAGUUCCAGUACAUCCGGGAAAUAUGCCUUUCUGACCCUCCAGUGGUUAUGACGCUGGUGGACGGACCUACUGAAGACAGUGACAAUAUGAUCUGUGUAGCAUAUCGGCAUCAGUUUGAUUUAGUUAAUGAGAGCACUGGGGAGUCCUAUAGACUGCAUCAUGUUGAAACAAACAAGGUUAAUUUUGUUGCAGCUAUUGAUGUAUAUGAAGAUGGGGAAGCUGGUUUACUGUUGUGUUACAACUAUGUUUGCCAGUACAGAAAGGUACAUCCUUUCAAUGGAGGUUCUCCACUGAUCCAGCCAUCAGCUUACGAUUUCCAUUUCAGCUGGAAUCAAGUUCCUUAUGCUGUUGUCUGUGCUUUCCCUUAUAUCCUUGCCUUCACUACUGAUUCCAUUGAGAUCCGGUUAGUGGUGAAUGGGAACUUAGUCCACACAGCAGUUGUGCCUGAGCUUCAACUUGUAGCAUCAAAGUCAGAUAUUUAUUUUAAAGCUACUGCUGCAGUAAGUGGAUCAUGUGACAGCAGCGCUAAGGAAAUGAGUUCAAGGAGCUCUCCUCAAACACCAACAGCUUAUGAAAUGCCAGAAAGUCCUCUUUCUUCUCUAGAAGGUGAAGUUCCAUGCAAAAACCUGUAUAAAAUUCCUCUCAGUAACCUGGUUGGGCGAAGCAUUGAACGACCUCUGAAGUCACCUUUGGCUCCCAAGGUCAUCACUACUACAGCCUCCAGUGGCACUCCCUCUAUGCCAGUUACUCACUCACUAUCCUUAUCUCGUAUGGAAAUUAAAGAAAUUGCAAGCAGAACACGUAAAGAAUUGCUGGGCCUCUUGGAUGAGCCUAUACCCAAGACAGAAACUGCACAGAAGCAAAAAAAGGCUCCUCGAAGACAGUCAGACCCCAAGCAGGGCGCAGUAAGAUCAACCAGCAGUGACAGGAUAAUCUCAAGCUCUUUUGAAAGCUGUUCUGAAGGACGUCAUCCUUCCACUAGUUCAGAUCCAGAUACCGUGGCCAACAGGGAGGAGAGCUCACCAUCUAGCUGUCCCUUUCAGCCCAUUUCUUUAUAUGAUGAAGACAUCAUUGACUUGAAGUGAAGACAGUCUUAAAACCUUUCCUCCUUACUUCACAUUUUCUUACAACUCUGUGAGCUCUGUGGGAAUGUCACAAACACUGCUUCUAGUGGUAAAAUGUGGCUGGAAGUAUUGGUGAUUAAUCUUUAUAGAACCCGUGUUGUUCUGGAUAGUUCAGCCUGAUUUGGUGAUGCUUAUAUCCUUGACAUAGGUAUGUUUUGUUUUCUCAGUUAAUGAACCAUUACUUUUUGUGGAAUUCUAACAAGUAGGUAAUCAAUGAGAGAUUUAGGCUGAAAAUGAAUAAAAAGUAUUACUUGUUCUGAGCUUCUUGUAAUUUGAAGUACCUGAGUGACAAGAGCUAAGUUAAUACUGUUAUUACUAUCUUGAGUUGUUUUACAACAGUGUGUGUUGUAAGGGAAGAGGAAUUUUAUGACAUAAAUCACUCCUUUUGGUUUUCAAGCCUUUAAAAAACCAAACCAAAGGCUUGCAGGCAAGGUCUUUCCAACCACUCAGUCUGUCCUCCAAGUGGUGGAGCUGUGGUAUGUUCAGUGAAGAAUCAAGGAUAUUCUAUAAAGAUCAGGUAAGAUAAGAAGAUGCUGCUUCCUUUGCUCUGGCCUGUCCAUGCAUAUUUUUUAGAGAAACUUUAAAACUGUUUUGAUGUCAAGAAUCCUUGAACUGAGACUUUUUAUAGAAAACAAACUCUCACAAUAUUCUUUUAAGAAUUGGAAGUUAAAAAAACCCAAACCAACAACAAAAAAUACCCAACACCAAGCAAAAAAGCCCAAACCAAGUGCAUUUCUCCAUUUCCUGGAACACUGCAUUAGCUGUUGUCUGCUCUUGCACCAAAAGUGUAAGUCAUUAUUCCAAAUAACUGCAUUUUUCUAACUGGAUCCAGAUGGAAAUUGCACUGCUAAGAAGCUAGUUUUCUAUGAUGAACAGUCAUCUUUUGUUACAUUAGAGGACAGGGUUUAAUUUUUAAAGCUUAUUAUUUUUCAACCCUUUAAACCAUAUUUUGAAAGGGUUUGGGUUUGUUUGGGGGGUUUUGUUUUGCUUGUUUUGUUUUUCCAUGAAAAGAGUGAUGCUUCCAGGCUUUUAAUAUAUAUAGGAAGAUUUUACCUUUACUAGCAGGUAUUUCUUGUUCUAUAUGUAGAAAUACUUCUGUAUCCUUGACUUUAAUUUAUAAUACCAUUCCUGUGUCAUGAUUUCACUUUCUUUCCAUGCACGACCAUCUGAAGAUGUGUGCCUUUUGCUUCAGUCUGUCUGAAUGUAAAACUGUUUUUGCAAAGUAUUUUUUUGCCCAGAUAAUUGUGUGUAAUGGGUUAAUUGCUCCACCUAAGAAAAUACACAAUGCCUUAUCUGAAAGGAUCAUUUCUUACUCUCAGCUGGAGUGGCUGAUAAGGAAAGAAGCAAUAUUUUAAGCAGUAACUAAUCUAGGAGCAGAAACAGUAUUAACCAGUGGCUACUAUGAUUUUAGUAUUUUUGCACCCAUAGAUGUAUGGGGUGAACCUUAAUAAGCACCUAAAGGAAGUGCCAGCUCCAAGUCUUUACAAGAGCUUGUAACUUUUUGUGAGAAUGUUAUUUCCAGAGACUGUGCCUCAUCAGAUGCCCAUGAGUUCUGUGCCUCUUGAUGGGAUGAAUUGGCAUCCUCUGAACUAGCGUCUAACCAUUGUUUUGCUCAAAACAUUGACUUAAAUACUUACCAUUGACUGCUAAUUCCAAUUAAAAAAGCCAACUGGUGGUAUUGAUACAUAAGCUCUUGUGCACCAUUUAUAAAGGGCAAGGUUUUUAUGCAUCUAUGCAACCUCUCCUGCUUCAGACUGGUGUUAGAUGACAAGGCUUUCUGGAAGGCUGCUGGUGUGCACAGCUAUAUUGUUGUUCACUCCAGCCUUAGAGCCAUGUCAUUUCCCUUCUGCUUUUCCAGCAUGUGCAUGCAUCUGCUCAUUAGAACUUAGGAGAUAGCUGUGGGCACAAAUUGUAGCCAUGUCCACCCUAAGCACAACCCUUUCUAUUUUGAUGUCUGUUAAAGCUGCCUUUAGCCUGCAUUCUUGACGCUGGCUGACCAGCUCAUGGAUGGGAGGACAGAUAACCUUUAAUUUACAGCUGUGUAAGAUGGGUGUUGUUCUAAUAGAAAGGAAUACUGAAAAAUCUUGCCACAGAUGGAUGAAAAAAAUCCUUUCCAUAAAGGAAGAAUUGUUACCAAGUUGGACACUUGCUGUCAGGCUCAUCUGAAGGCCCAUUCUGGACUCUUAUAAACAGAUAAGUUUCUGCAAGAAAUGUUUACUAUCCCAACAUGCUGGAUUUGUUGGAGGAGGCAGGGCUCUUAACCUCUUCUGGCUAAUGGGAUUGUCACCACUUCAGCACUGUGCCUUAGUCUGACUAAACUAUAGGAAUGUCAUUUACUUUGGUGCAAGCAUUAGACUGUACAGGCAGUUUAUAGUGUGUACUCAUGCCUCCUUACCAGCAUGGGUAGUGACUUGUGAAAUCACAGAACAGUUGAGGUUAGAAGGGAUCCCUGCAGAUCAUUUAGUCCAGAACCCACACCUGUGCCCUUAGGCUGAAUGGAUGAAUGGGUACCUUCAGUUUCCCAGUUUGCAAGAACACGUAGAGCCUGUCUGGAUUACAGAUCUGCCCUGCUUUGGGGCUGGGUUUCUGUUUUGAGUUUGGUUUCUUGGGCUGUUGGGGGAUGGCUUUGUUUGAUGUUUGGGUUUUACUAGGCCAGUCAACUGAAUCAACACUUAAACAGUUCUUAAUAGGGCAGGACAGUAGCACCCAUGGGAAGUGUAACACUGCUACAUAACCAGUUGCAUAGGGUCUAGGGUGCUGCUCCUGCCAUUUACUUUGUUGGUCUGCGUCUCUCUGACCAAGCCACGGAUACAAACUCCUGCAUGUUUUCCUAAAGGUGUGGGUCUCUAAUAUGAGCAGCAGCUUUCCCAGAGCUGUUGGCUUAGACUGCAUUUGAGAUACACUAAAAAACAAAUCCAAAGGAUUAUACAUAUAUAUACUUGUGUGUACAUUUGUUUUUACCACAAGUUUUAAGGGGUUAAAAGUCCUAAGCAUAUGUAGGAAUCUAAAGCAAUGUGAUCUUAUCACAUCUGCGAGUUAUAAGGUAUUUGAGAAUAAUUUUUGUUGCCUUCUGUGUAUGAAAAUGAGUACCACGCUAUUGUCAUUAUUACCAGUUUGAUGGCAUGGUUCAUACACACAGUGCUUGCUAAUUCGGUUGAAGCAGUGUUAUCUCAGAUAGGCUUAGCCUGAUUUUGUGGAGGGAUAAACUGUACUAACAGUACAGGAAAGCCCAUGUGACAGAAUGCAGCAAACAUCUACUUGCAUGUGGGUUAGAAAGUAUCUAUACUAGUUGAGCACAGCAGCUUCACCAGCCUGUACACUGCCUACCUGCUUCACUUGCUGCUGACCUGCCGCUGACUCCUGUUUGCUACUGGAAAUCAUGACAUCAGCACACGAGUUUAAGAGCAAAUUUAAGAGAUUAUUUUCUGCGUAUUGAUUUCUAGCUCUAUUAGCUAUUCAUCUGGUCGAAUGGAGAAUGUUGUGUCUCUAAAGGUUUAUGCAAACAGUGUUAUCAACCUGGAAUGUCAGUUUUAACUAAGUCUUUGAAUGUCAGCAGACUGCUUUGUAAUUUAGUAAUUGCCUAUUGUUACGACUGUUGCUACGUUUGUGACACAAUCUCUUUACCUACCACUUGUCUUAACUGCUGCUGUAUUACCAUGGGUUUUAAUGUCAUGUGACAGCGUGUUCAGUUUGUGUUUCCAAAUAGAAACAGUCCUAUCACAGCUGGAA